AUGUCCCUUUAAGAACACACACUCCUGUUGCAUGGAGAGUCUGGUGUUUUUCCACUCUCUCAGAUAUUACACGCGCUCCCCAUAUAAGACGCGAAGGCUGGGGAGAGAGAGAAAGAGAGAGAGAGCAAGAGCGGGAGAGAGAAAGAAAGAGGGCGUGAAGAGUGUUUUAUUUCCUCGCCUUUAUUUCCAACGCAUAAGACAUAACGAGAACAAGACAAGACUCCGGCCACAGAUCUAGCCGACAGUUGUCUACCCGAGCCUUACAGUCCCCAACGAGUUGUUUCAGCCUUGAUCUCAAACAGUUUAAACCAGGCCAAUAUGCCGAACAUCAGCCACCACCAGCUCACACCCUCGGAUAUGGCACAGAAAGAGAAGCUGCAGUGUCUGAAGGAUUUCCAUAAGGACACUCUGAAGCCGUCUCCAGGUAAAAGUCCAGGCACGCGGCCGGAGGAUGAGGCCGAGGGGAAGCCUCCACAGAGGGAGAAAUGGGCCAGCAAGCUGGACUUCCUUCUCUCAGUGGCGGGGGGAUUCGUAGGUUUAGGCAACGUCUGGCGUUUCCCGUACCUCUGCUACAAGAAUGGCGGAGGUGCAUUUCUCAUCCCCUAUUUCAUCUUCCUGUUUGGCGGAGGGCUUCCCGUGUUUUUCCUGGAGGUGGCGCUGGGCCAGUUCACCUCUGAAGGAGGGAUCACCUGCUGGGAGAAACUCUGCCCCAUCUUCACUGGAAUCGGCUAUGCCUCCAUCGUGAUCGUGUCCCUGCUGAAUAUCUACUACAUCGUGAUCCUGGCGUGGGGGCUGUAUUACCUGCUGCAGUGCUUUCAGAGGGAGCUGCCGUGGGCUCGCUGCAGGCACAGCUGGAACACACAAAACUGUGUGGAGGACACCAUCCGCAAGAACAAAACCCUCUGGCUCUCUGCCAACGCCACCAACUUCACCUCUCCUGUCACUGAGUUCUGGGAGCGUAAUGUCCUCAGUCUUUCGUCGGGGAUUGACGAGGUGGGCGAGCUAAAGUGGGAUCUCGCCCUCUGUCUGCUGGCUGUCUGGGUCAUCUGCUUCUUCUGCAUCUGGAAGGGAGUGAAAUCCACCGGCAAAGUGGUGUAUUUCACUGCUACGUUUCCGUUUCUUAUGCUCAUUGUGUUGUUGGUGCGUGGAGUAACUCUGCCUGGUGCUGCCGAGGGCAUCAAAUUCUAUCUGUACCCCGACCUGAGUCGCCUGCAGGACCCCGAGGUAUGGAUUGAUGCAGGGACUCAAAUCUUCUUCUCUUAUGCUAUUUGUCUUGGUGCAAUGACUUCACUGGGAAGCUACAAUAAGUACAAAUAUAACUGCUACAGGGACUGCUUGCUGCUUGGAGGCCUGAACAGCGGGACCAGCUUUGUGUCUGGCUUCGCCAUCUUCUCUGUGCUGGGGUUUAUGGCGCAGGAGCAGGGCGUGGCCAUUGCUGAUGUGGCUGAGUCAGGUCCUGGGCUGGCUUUCAUUGCGUAUCCAAAGGCAGUUACUAUGAUGCCGCUGCCCACUUUUUGGGCGAUACUCUUCUUCAUCAUGCUUCUGCUGCUGGGCCUAGACAGUCAGUUUGUAGAAGUGGAGGGUCAGAUCACCUCACUGGUGGACCUGUACCCAUCCCUCCUAAGGAAGGGAUACCGGAGAGAGAUCUUCAUCGCUGUCAUCUGUGUCAUCAGUUACCUGGUGGGACUCACCAUGGUCACUAAAGGUGGCAUGUAUGUGUUCCAGUUGUUUGAUUACUAUGCAGCCAGCGGUGUGUGCCUUCUCUGGGUUGCAUUCUUUGAAUGUGUGGCAGUAGCCUGGGUUUACGGCGCUGAUAAUUUCUAUGAUGCUAUUGAGGACAUGAUCGGCUACAGACCAAACGGUUGGAUGAAGUGGAGCUGGACGCUGAUCACACCUGUCCUGUGUGUGGGUUGUUUUGUCUUCUCAUUGGUGAAAUAUAAGCCCCUCACCUAUAACAAGGUGUACGAGUAUCCUGAUUGGUCGAUUGGAGUGGGGUGGUCUUUGGCUUUGGCCUCCAUGAUCUGCAUUCCCAUGGUGGUCGUCAUCAAAAUUAUCCAGUCGGACGGAUCGCUGAUUGAGCGGAUCAAAGCCGUGGCCGCCCCUGUGAAAGGAGGAGCCAGCUCUCGUCCGAAAGAGUACAGCCUGAAGAACAGCGAGCUGCUCCAUCCACUCGACCCUAACGGCACUUACGCCCUCAGCAAACACACCCACACCAUCGUAGAAACUACAAUGUGAGACUCUCUAUGAGAGGUCCCUAUUACCUCUCCCUCCCUUUAAUCCCCUCCCCCCCCUUCUAUUCUUCUCCUCUUCUCUGUCCACUUAGACUGUCCCUCCCUUUCUCUGCACUAGUAUAUUCUAGUUGUAUUUUUACAAAAGGAGGUUGAAACCUCUUAUAAUGACGUCCUUUUAUCCUCGCUGUGUAGGAAUUUUAUUAUCAUUACUAUUGUGGUUUUAUUAUUGCUGUUAGGAUAUUUUAUUAUCACUGUAAUCAUUGAUAUUAUCAUUAAUACUGAUAUGUUUGGCUGAAGUGAGCUGUGAGCCGUCAGAUGUCUUUGUGCGAGCAAAAAGAGAGGGAGAGAGAGAUGGAAAUCAGGCCGUUAUUUAGGAGUGUUUGAAGCUGAGCCUUGUUUUUAAGAAAAUAACAAAAAACAGCAGUGAACUAAAUAUGUGACAUUUUUUAGGUAGCUAUGAUAAGCAGGUGUGUAAGUGACUGUGGCAGUACCCUCGUUGUAAAGACAUUGUUCUCCGUCUUGAUUAACCUGAAUGUACCUCCGCUUUGUGCGGAAGCUGUGCACUGCUUACACACACGCGCGCACACACACACACACACACACACACACACACACACACACACACACUAAUAUAUAUAUA